AUGAGCCAAGCCAACGUACCUAAAGACGUCAAAGAGCGCAUCAAAGCGUCCUACGACGUUAUAGCAUCAAAAUAUAACGAAUGGACGGUGAAACACAGUCCUCUACGGCAGGAGUAUACCGCAAAGGUCUUUGAGUUUCUGUCUGCUUCAGGUUCUUCGCAACAACCCCGCUUCCUUGAGCUCGGCUGCGGGGCUGGACUGCCCAUUACACAAAAGCUUUUAUCAUGCCCAGAAGCUCAUGUUAUUGCCAAUGACAUAUCGACCACCCAGAUCGGACUUGCAAGAAAUACUCUGCUCGGGGCUGCAGAAGAAAAUGCUGGAAACUCGGGACGCUUGACUCUCAUCGAGGGGGAUAUGACAAAGCUCUCCUUUACCGACCAAUCCUUCGACGCUGUAUUCGCCUUCUACAGCUUGAUACACCUCCCUCGCACAGAGCAGACCGAGAUGGUUGGAAAGAUUGCGCGGUGGUUGAAGCCCGGCGGCUACCUCGUUGCCAACUUUGCUGAUAGUGACACGGAGGCAGUUGUAAUGGAUAAAUGGCUUGAUAAGAACGACUGGAUGUUUUGGAGUAGUUGGGGUAGAGACGAGACGUUGAAGAUAAUAGAGGAGGCCGGAAUUAAAGUCGUAGUCGGCGACGUAAGGAAGGAUGAGGUUAAUUCUUCGUUUCUUUGGGUCGUCGGGAAGCGAUGA